UGGCCUACGUCAAGUGAACUACCAAAAGCUCAGUCAGGAGUUGCCGCAAAAGCUUAACAAUCAAAAAUACUCAAAAACAAUGUCUUCAGGACCAUCAACUUCAUCCGUUAGCGAUGCGGCUGCAGCGCUCUCCGGAAAUUUGCAGCUUCCACCUCUCCGAACCCUAGAUGACUUUGUGCUUGGAUCAGCGCGCUUUCAGCUGCCCAAUUUGAAGGACUUUGAUAAGUGGGGCAAUCGUGUGGUCAAGAAUUUGCUAUACUAUCAAACCAACUACUUUCUUGUCUUUCUGGCCAUCUAUGUCAUUAUGAUUGUCUUCAAUCCAAUGAAGAUCAUCAGCGGCUUGUUCGUGCAAGCGCUGGUAAUCGCCAUCAUUUGGCAAUUCUUUAGCAGCAAAUCGAAGACGAAUUUCAUAGCCAGCCGCUUGACCGGCGGCAAUCAGAUUCUAGCCCAACAAAAUGCGCAACAAAAAUGGUACAUACUAGCUGCCGGCUUGUUGGGUGGCUAUUUGUUUUUGCAUAUGAUUAGCGCCGUUCUGUUGACAGCCUUCACUCUGUUGCUGCCCAUUUCGGUGACCUUUAUCCAUGCCUCACUGCGGCUGCGUAAUAUGAAGAACAAGCUGGCCAACACCAUCGAGAGCUUUGGCCCACCACGCCAAUGGGUUCGCUGUUGGAUGCAUUGAACGUGCGCGCCGAAGGAGUUAUUAAUUAAAGCUCGUUGUUGGUCAUAUUUUGAGAAAAUGUGCCCCCUUUUAAAUAUAUGCUU